UCCACCUCUCGUCCUGCCUCCAAAAGGAGAAAGAACCUGGCACCCAACGAUCCUUUCCUGCGGCAGGGGGAGUCCUGCAGCCUUUACCGAGCCAGGCGCAGAACUCUGGUCAGUCUCACCUGCGUCACCUGCGCGUAAUCUCGCUUGACCGGCCGCCUCCGCGCGGCCAGCAGUACACUCUCAAAAUCCCCGUUGGUAGGAUCAAAAUUUUCGUGCGUUCCUCGUGUGUGAAUUAUAUUUUUUUCUGUGAAUGUGAGAUAGAGAAAAAGAAAUUUUAUUCCAUAUAUAUUGUAUAUGGCUUGUGCAUCAUGAAACAAUGUCAAAUCUUAUCGAGUCUGAUAAGAAAAGAAACAAUGUCACGUCGCACGUGAAGCUUUGAUAAUAUUGACUACCAAUCGUUUAUUACCAAUCCUGGCGCCUUCAAGUGUCCGUGUAGUUACAGACAUGACAAGUGCUUCUUGACUUGUUUUUUUAAAAACCCUUAUUAAAUUUUAAAUUUCUCCUUUAACCCAAAAAAAAGAGUGAAAAUUUUGAAAUCCAAUCGUGAGUAUGAUGAUGAUGGACAUGGGCAUGUACGGAACAUACGGUAAGCCAGACACUUAUCCAAAUUAUGGUUUCUGCCAAACAAACAGUGGUCAAUUGUCCGUUUCUUCUUCCCCAGAAUUACCACCAACUCAUCAUUAUCCACAAUCGGACAUUGGUCCCUAUUCCUCAGCAUCAUCGGAUGCAUUUCUAGCCUCUGAUUCCGGAGCCUCAAGUACCCCGCCACAGAGUUUUUAUUCCCAAACCGGAGCCGUUUUACACGAAGACGGAACGGCAAUUAUCUCAUCGGAAAAUGGAUUAAGUUACACAAUUUUAGACUACGCGCCAUCCUCCUCCUAUUCGACACAGCAUCCCAAUUGUCAUCCCACGGAUCCACAUUCCUAUCAUGUCCCAGUCACCACUUACCGUGACGAUCAUUCUCAUCAUCAUCGACAUCCGUCGAUUCAUCAGGGACCAGUGGUCACGCAAGUGAGAGCCGAACACGAGCAAAUUCAUCAUCACCAAUCUAGUCAUCAUCACCAUGAGCAGGACUAUCAAAUCCCCCUUGGUUCGUCUAAUUAUCUCCAUCAGAUUCCACCCACGGAUGAGCCGCUACAUUAUGGACAAGUUGGUAUUAGACAUCAGACUGAAUAUGCUCCUCAUCCGACGGGACAUUACAAGGAGGAGAGUCCUGAUCCGGGUUAUCAUAAUUUACAACAGUCUGGACAUAAUCUUCAUUCUCAUGGUCAUGCAAAUCAUCAUCAUCAACAUCAGCAGCAGCAACAGCAUUCCCAUCAUUCCCAGACGCAACAACAACACCAGAGUCAUGUACCGACAUAUAAGUGGAUGCAGGUCAAGAGGAAUUGUCCCAAACCUGUUGCAUCAAAAACAAAUCCAAAUGGAUCGGAAUACAGUGGCGGAGUGGUACCAGGUUCAACAACGUCGGUAUUUCCUCCGUCGGUAAACACUGGUCCAAUGACCUGUCUCACUAGUAAUCCUCUAACGGGACUUUCAAACAGUUUCAACAAUACCGGUCGAACAAAUUUCACCAACAAACAACUCACAGAAUUAGAAAAGGAAUUUCAUUUCAAUAAGUACCUGACAAGAGCAAGAAGAAUAGAAAUUGCCUCUGCACUUCAACUUAAUGAGACGCAGGUGAAAAUUUGGUUUCAAAAUCGAAGAAUGAAGCAAAAGAAGAGAAUGAAGGAGGGACUAAUACCAACCGAUGGUUCAACAUCAAAUUCAAGUCAACUUAGUGGCGCUAGAAGUAAUAGUAAUUCACCAACAGGUUCUUCAAAUUUAGAAGUUGGAGGACUUGCACUACACAAUUUUACAAAUGAAAAUAGUCGAGAUUCAUCUCCAUCGACAUCAAAGGAAUGACAUUAUCAUUAAAACGGAUGGUGGCGUUUUUGUUAAUUUUUUCUUACAAUUCACCAGGUUUAUUGCGCUCAUUUCAUAAAAGAAAAGAAACAUUUAUUCUUAAAGAUCAUCGACUGCUCACAAUUUAACGAUAAAAGUUAUACAUAUACAUAUACUACUUGUUGACAUUAAUUGCGUAAAUAUUUUGUAAAAAUUCACGUCUCAAAAUUCAGAGUAAUACGUUUUGUCACAUGUUGCAUUAAAAAAGAAGUCAUCAGAGCGAGUUAAAAAAAAUUACUUUUUCUAGAUAACGCAUAUGUAUAUACAAGUAAUGGCACGAACCUCCGACAACAAUCGAAUUUUUCUUUUUUAAACCUUUUAUCACGCAACCAUAAUUUAAGAACUGUGGAAUAUAGCGUGAGACGAUAGUCCUGCACUCGUGCCGUUAAGGAUUUCGUGGUCUGUGACAGACUAAGUCAAUAAAAAAACUCAAAAUAUAUGACGACGAUUGCUAUCGUCAAAUUUUAGAGAUUAUUUCAAUUGACAGCUAUUAAAAAAAUUUAGUAAAAUUUAGCAAAAACGACGAAUAUGUGUAUAAAUUUUUAAACAAACUGUUAUAUGGAUUUUUCCCAAUUUUUAAGAAGUUAGUGACAAAAAAAAUUAGUAGUUUUCACUUUACCAAAAACGAUUCCACGAAUUAUUUUGUCCUUAGUAAAUAAAUUUUUCUGUAAAACGGAGAAUUCUUUUUUAUGGAGCAGUAUUCCUUUUUUUAUAAAUAUCUAACGGAGUAACGCCAAAAUUUUCCAAGAGGAUAAUUUAAAAAUAGAUCUCGACUUCAUUUUUUACUUCCAAAGAACUAAAUUAUUUACGAUCUUACUUUUUUGGCAUAAAAACAAACUACUGUAAAUAAACAACCAAAUAUAAGAUAUGUACAUGUUGAUUUAAAAAUCUACUUCAUAAUUAAUAUAAAUUCUAGACAUUUCACAAUAUAAAUUAAAAUUCAGUCAUUAAUUGUGAAAGUGCUAGUAAAAUUUUUAUUCAAUUUUAUAAUUUAGUUUCACUAUUCUUGUAUACAUGUAAAUAUGACUUAUGCAAAUCUGAAGCAAUUUAAAUUGUAGAGGAAAAUAAAAAUUUCUCUGCCAAUUAAAUGAAAAUUAUAUGCGAAAUGUUUAUAAUUGAUAAAAAUAUUGUAAUCCUAGUCUAUAGUAUCAGUUUAGCUUAGAUUUGCAUAAGCUCGAGUUGUGUUAAUAAAUUAUGUAAUUUUAAGUCAUAGAUAAAAAUUAAGCAUUUAAU